GUACGAAUUAAUUUCCAAAAGACUCGAAAUUUUAUUAAAUUAUCUACCAAUAAGCUAACGCCCGUAAUAAUCAUAAAAAGAAGAAAUCUUUCAACAAGAAGAGUACACGUCAAUUAUACCCUUCAAUUUGUCCGGAUUUAGUAACAAAUUUUUUAGGUAAAAUUGAUCAAAACAUCGGGAAAAUGGUGUCCAGAUGCAGGAGGUAUACCCGCGAAGUGGAAAGGAUCCGCGCCUUGGACGAUGCAGGCGAAGAACAGGACUACUUGGAGGUCCUUAAAGAGAAAGAGCACACCCCGAUCGUCUGGGGCGAGCCGAUGCCGGGCGUCAAAAUCAUCGACCUCCAAGAGCAAAGGUACAAGGAGGCGUUCCAGUUCAUCUGCGACGUGGUCGUCCCCGAGGACGUGGUGUUGAAGAGCACGCGGCUCCUCGACGAUCCCGAAUCGCUGGAGGCCUUCGAGGAGAAAGUAAUUUUCAUCAUGCGCGACAGGACCUCCAUGAUAGCCGUCAACGAAGAGAACGAAAUCGUCGGCAUCCUGGUGAUGAAGGUCGUGAGAAAAUUCGACUUUUCGAAGACGUUCAGCCAGCUGCAGGUGCGCAGAGGCAAGAUCUUCCUCACCAUCAUGAAGUUCUACAACAACGUUUACAAGGAGACCGACGUGUUCGAGAAACUGCAGGUCGACAUGUACCUGAGAUUGUACUGGAUAGGCGUCAGGCACAGUUACAGGAGGAACAAAAUCGGGCACCAGAUGAUGUGGUGCAGCUUGGAUUUGCUGAAGAGCCUCAAUUUGAACGGCAUAAUGGCUCUGUUAACGACCGCCAAGCUUCAAGCUACCGCUCACUACAUGGGCAUGGACUCUAUUUAUACGUAUUUCUACAGCAGAUGGCGCGACCUCUCCGAAACUCUGAUAUUCCGCGGAAUCGGAGGCGGCAAUUACUGUUGCGCUCUAAUGGCCGGCUACAUUAAUUAUGAGAAAGUCAUUAUCGAGAAAGAAUAAAUACCUAUUUUAAUUUAUUAUUGCUAUAAAUUAUAAUUAA